CUCGACCUUCCUUCGCACACCCGCACACCAACGUCCAAGACGUCUUCUCCAACACGAUCAAAGCAUGCUCCCUCUAUCCCGCUAAACACUCGAUCCCAAUGGCCGACGUCCUGCCCAUCCUGCUGGCCUUUCCGCCCGAGAAGUCCGUCACCACGCCCAAGUCCUACGACAAGGCCAUCCACGAGUACUUGAAGAGCUUGGAGACCAUCGACGAGACGACAUACACCCAGAAGGUAGAGAAGCAGAACCUGCUCGAGCUGCUGGACCCUGCCGUCAAUUCCAUCGCCUACCUCCGCACUCUGGUCGCACAACUCGAGGCCAGCAGCAACGAUGACCACGAGCAUCUUGAUGUGCUUGAGACUCGCACGCUUCUCUUCUUCGCCACCUUCGACCCCGUGCAAAUCCGUUAUGCCGGUACCGACUUUCUGAAGCUAUGGCGCUGGCUGCUUGGCAGUGUCACUCAGAAUGACGAUAUCGAUCUGACUUCCGUCGUCAACGCCCUGCUACGUCUGGACCCUACCGCUGGCACACUGAUCACUCCGCACUUGGAAGUGGUCCGCCUCUGUCUGGCGCGGAGUGUUCCCAGUCAGGCACUUCCCAUACUGGAUAAGGAUGUCUACGCUUUGCCUGCCAGGAGUCAGAAGGGUGUACCAGAGGAGCUGCCCAGCGAUGAACAUGAGCUGAGCAAUGCAUGGAUCACAGAAAAGAGUGGCUUCAGUCUAAGAAUGGACACUCCGCAAGUGUUGGAGUACUACCUCGUUGGUGCUUCCAUCUACAUGGGCUUGGGCAUCUGGCACCGCGCAAGAAUAUUCCUCGAGGCAGUCAUCCUUUCGCCUUCUCUAUCCCACACUGCCAGUGCAUUGCAGGUCGAAGCAUACAAAAAGUGGCUGAUGGUUGGCCUGAUCGUACAAGGCAAACCUUAUCCAGAACCAAAGACGCACGAUCCGGUCGUCCUCAAGCAUCUCAAGACGUUAUCAAGGAUGUAUGACGAGUUUGCCCUCGACUUCGAAUUGCGGAAUCUCAAAAAGCUCCAAGCCGAUGUUGAGACGGGCUGGCGCGACGUGCAAGAAGACGGAAAUGCGGGACUUGUCAGAGAAAUGGUCGAUGCUUGUAUGCGCUACAGGAUCAUCGAUCUGCAAAAGACCUACGCUGCCCUACCUGUCACUCGCAUGGCGAAGCUCCUCGACAUCGCACCUGGCGACGCGUUGCAGAGCUUACAGCGCAUGAUGCAAGAGGGCCACCUUCCCGCAAGUCUCUCGGGCGCUGGGACAGACACCGUGUUGCGCUUCCACGACACCACAUCUUCAGAAUCUCACAGCGACCUGGAAGCCCAGACGCUUCGCAUACAAGCUCUAGUUACACAGGUGCGCGACGCGGAUCGUCGACUGCAGCUCACAAAGGAGUACGUUGAACACGCCAGACGCAACGCCGCGCGUGGUGGAUUUGACAGUGAUCCUGCGGAUGCCAUGGACCUCACUUGGGAUGCGUCAAGUACGAUGCCCAAUGCAGCGGACCUUGAUAACGACGAGGAUCUCAUGAUGUGAAAGAGACAUACGAGGCCAAGCACGAGUGUCAUGAUGAUUGGUUUUAGCGAGGCGUUUCUAUGCAGCGUAAUAGUCCAUUGUAGGAAGAGUGCUUUGGCUGCCGAAGAGGAUUCCGCCUUCAGGGGCCAGCGCUGGAUAUAGCCGUAAAGGUAGAUAUGACUGAAAGACAGACAGUCGCCCAUACCUAUUCUUCCAUACGAAGUGUAGGGCUUAAUG